CGGCGUUUUGUAGUUCGCGCGCUCGUGCUAAUGUGCUUUAUCGUCCGCGCGCCCCACUUGCGCGCCAAUAUUCUCUCUUCUUUCGGCUGUAGUGGACCUCAACAUUUCGAGCUGCCUUUCACUGGAACCUUUUGCUGCCUCCGUCUGUGUUUUUCCCCUCGACCCACACCCCCAACUCCUAACGUGACACGAUUGAAUUUCCAGUUUUCAAUGUAGUUGUACGACGUAGAUAGGGAUGCUGCAGUCUCUGCAGCCGUUUUUUCUUGUAACCAACCGAAGCAGCGGCAUGAGCGCCAGCUUGGCUCCCGGCUCCUAGAGUGCCGGUUCGGGCCAAGUCUAGCGAGGCCGCUAUGAACGCCAGCGUCAACAUAGAGAGGAACUCCUGGCGGCUGCCCCCAGACGAGACCGUCCAGGUUGGCGACCGCUCCAAAUCAGCCCAGGUAAAAGAGGAUUUGACGUACUCGGAUGGCGGUCACAAUUGGAGGAGUAUCGUAUUCUCCCUGCUGGUCAUCGGUGUCAUCAUCGCCGGCAUCGUCACGGCUAUUUACUUGCUCGGCUACGUCGAUGAACUUUUGUACUGGAGCGGGCGGCGUCUGACUUUACAGGAAUGCUUGCACGGCGACUUGACCCCCUACAGACUACCCUCUGCGUGGAUAACGCACGACAAAUUCGUCUAUCAGGCGGACGACGGCUCCCUAGCGCUGCUCGACACUUCCAAUAAUACCGUUUCCCUCUUGGUAACCAAUCAUACACUCAGGCAGCUCAAUGUCCAAGGUUAUCAGUGCAGCAAGGACUUGCGUUACGUACUCUUCAAGCAUAAUGUCAAGCCGGUGUUCCGGCACACAUUCACCGCACACUACACGGUUUACGACGUCACGAAUGACCACCACACGCCGCUCCGGCUGCAGGCGUCGCCGCGGAUCCAACAGGCGCAGCUUCAGUACGCCACAUGGCUGGGCAACACGACCACCCUCUUGCUUGUCUCCGACAAUGACGUCUACGUGCGUAGCUCGCCUACCUCGACCGAGGCCACGCGAAUCACCGAUACCGGCGUCCCUGGCGUCGUGUACAAUGCCGUGCCCGACUGGCUCUACCAGGAGGAAAUCCUGCCCAGACCCGAGUGCACCUGGCCCAGCCCCGACGGUUCCCACUUACUAAUCUACAAAACAGAGCAGUGAGUUACGGCGUUGGAGUUUCCUUGGUUCGGUCCCACGAUGAACGCCGAGACAGCGCGCAAGGGUAUGUUUCCACCAGCGAGAUCGGUGAGGUACCCCACUCCGGGAUCCCCGAACCCGGAGGUCGACGUCUGGAUCAUCGACUUUACGAAUAUCACGGUCAGCCACAACAAUGCGACUAACGUUACCAGCUUGAUGCCCAACAAGGUCAAACUGAAACCUCCACCGGUGUUUGACGGCCAGGAGUAUUAUCUGAUCUCGGCGGGCUGGAUCGGGGUGGACUCAGCCCAGGUGGCAGUCGUCUGGAUGACGCGCUCCCAAAACCUCUCGGUCGUCUCGGCCUGCCGCGCACCGAGUUGGGAGUGCGACGAGACCCACACGGAGCGCGCCCCAGAGGGUCAGUGGCUCGACGCCCAGCCCCACCCGGUAUUCGCGCCCGACGGCGACAGUUUUUUAUUGCUGGCGGCCGUCCAGGAAGGCGACCAGGAGCACUUUACCCACAUAAAGCACGUCACGCUCACCCAGCAGAGGAUAGCCGUGCUCUCACACGGACAGUACGAGGUCAGCGAGAUUUUGGCUUGGGAUACGAGGUCUCACCUGGUCUUUUAUUUGGCAACGAAGGAGCGAAGUCCCGGCCAGAAGCACCUCUACGUGGUCAAGGAUCCCAUUGCCGACGACCCCAGGCGACUGGAGCCCGUGUGCAUCACCUGCGACAUUGGCAACAUUGACAACGGAUGGCAAUACUACGAGAACUGCACGCACUUUGGAGCUUCGGUGAAUCCACCGUUGCAUCAUCAUCAUCAUCAUCAUGAUCGCAACGAGGUCACAAAGGAGGACGAGGAAUUGGGGUACUACGUGUUGUACUGCGAGGGACCGGGACUGCCCCUGGCCGCCCUCCACUCGAUGCGCAGCCACAAAAUCGUCCGGCUGCUCUACGACACGAGAAUCCAGCGGGCCGAUCUCAUGUCCGAGCUCGCCCUGCCCAAACGACAGAAUUUCGAGGUGCCACUGCCCCAGGGCUGGCGGGCGCAGGUUCAAUUGUUACUGCCGCCCUCGUGGCGCGAGGAACUACGCGACGCCGCUUUUCCGGUCCUCGUCGAGGUUAACGGCCGGCCGGGCAGCGCCGCGGUCACCGAGCAGUUUCGCAUAGAUUGGGGCACGUACAUGUCCAGCCACAACGACGUCGUCUACGUAAGACUGGACGUGCGAGGCUCGCGGGGCCAGGGCAAGCGCGCCCUUUACCGGCGCAUCGGCGGCGUCGAGGUUCAGGACCAGAUGACGGUACUGCGCCACCUCUUCGACACCCUCAAGUACCUCGACGAGUCGCGCGUCGGCGUUUGGGGCUGGGGCUACGGUGGCUACGUCACCUCCAUGGUCCUUGGCAGCCAGCAGAACAUCUUCAAGUGCGGCAUCGCCGUCAAUCCCAUAGCCGACUGGCUCUACUACAAUUCGGCGUUUACGGAACGGGUGCUGGGCCCGCCAGCGGAGAAUUACAAGGGCUACGUCGAGGCUGACCUGACGCAACGAGCUAGCCUCGUGCCAAGCCACAGCUUGUUCCUGCUGCACGGCAUGGCGGAUCUCACGGCGCCUUACACUCACGGCAUGGUCUUUGCCAAGUCGCUCGCCGAAGCGGGCAUAAUAUUCCGAUAUCAGAGCUACGCGAACGAAGGCCACGCCUUGACCGGUGUGCUCGAGCACGCUUACAAUUCCAUGGAGGACUUUCUUGCCGAGUGCCUCGCCCUGGACGCCUCCUAGUGCCUCAAAAUGACGACGACGCCGAUGAAUAACUACUACUACUGCUACUACAUCCCUCGAACACCUCUUCUACCUUAUUAUAUUUAUUACUUAUCAUCGUUACAGUUGUAGCUUUUUUUUCUUUUUUUUUCUUCUCACACGCCAUCUACUUUUUCUCACUCUCGCUAAUAUAUAUAUAUCUAGCUGCAGCAAUUGCGCGAGCGCGUGAUUUUUUUUUUCCUCAACAGGUGCCCCGUUGUUUUUGUCAUGAGAACCGCGAAAACUGUAGUA